CGUCCACGUCCCCGUCGCAUGACACGCGGAAACGACGCCCGAACGUCACCCGAGCGAAGACUCGCAGCACAGAGGAGCGAGAGAGGAACACGGGUUUUACUGCCAACUUAAAGUUAGUCAAAACUAUAGUUUUACUGAGCUGCUAAUUAGCUAGCAUGCUACCUGGGUAACUUGAUAACUAGUUAACAAUGUCAAGUAAUAAAAUUGUUAACUUGUGGUUUAUGCAAGUAGCUACAUAAAACCGAUCUGGAACAUAGUUUAAAUAUUUCUAUUACUCUUGUGAUUGUUUAAGUUGAAUCUGAUUUAACUGGUUAAUUAAUUAAUUAAAUGAUUAAUUUACGUUCUCAUUUAAUUUGAUUAUUUUUUGCUAACUGCAUCACACCUUGAGCUACAAGUUGCCUUUAAACAAACUUCACUCGAGCAAAUAAACGACCGGAAAUCUUUUGUUUUAAAUUCCCCCGAGAGGAAAGUCGGCCAGAAAUAAUCCACAAAUAAUCCUGCUGCUUUACGAAGCGUUUAUAAACACUUUAUAACCCGAUUCUUCACUCGGACGAGGAUGAGACGAGACGGAAAUCUCUGUUUUUUCACGCGUGAACACUGAAAGUUCCACACUCAGGAUGAUCUCCGGCCUCGCCGUAGCUGCGAUUCUUCUUCUUGUGAUUAGCGUCUCGUCGUUCUGCAGCUGCUUGAAGACGCCAUGGUCAGGCCUGAGCGUUAACUGCAGCUUUCAAGAUCUCGACCGCAUUCCUGAUUUCCCGUCUCACACCACUGAGCUUCAUCUCCAGCACAACCGCCUGGUCACGGUUCCUCCGGGGUUCUUCGACAGGUUUCUAAAGCUUCGUGUGGUGGAUCUGUCGGGGAAUCCCUUCCACUGCGGCUGUAACAUUCAGUACCUGAGAGUCUGGCUCCUGAAGAACCGAGACGUCAUCACGGCGCGUCCUACGUGUUCCACGCCGCCGUCUCGGGCACACAGAGCCAUCGUCAGUCUCGGCGAGACCGAGUUCUCGUCCUGCGUGAGGAACCGGUGCUCCAGUGCAGGUUAUAACCUGGUGUUUGGGUUCCUGCUGUGUGGAAUCCUGGGCUUGUUGAUGUGGAGCCUCCGUCUGGCCAAAGGGCUGUCGUUUACUCUGGGCAUCGGCGAGAAGCACGCCGGCCUCCAGGCCGAAUCCCUGCGCUCGCUCAAACCCAAACACAGAGCCAAGGUGAAGUACUUAGUGCAGUGGGAGGAGGAUCUGGAGACGCCGCUGCUCGACAUGGACAUCCUCCCGCAGAUCAUCGACACGCUCCACAGACACCACAACAUCAAGAUUAAAGAAGCCUGAAUCACACGUUUUUAAUUCUGCUCACGUUUAAGGGUCACGUACCUGACGUGUGUCGUUACUUUACACUCCAGCGCUUCCUUUUUGUUUUUUUUUCUCCAGUGUAACGCAGAUUAACACCUGAACUCGAGAAAGUCCUCAGAUUUCGCCAGAGUUUGGAGAAAACGUAGAAAAUCCGCUUCAAAUUUUAACUAGAAUUUGUAAAAUAAUACUCGUUCCUGAUUCCAAACACCUUAAAACAACUCAUUACAAAACAAAACAUUACACUUAUUCUUUAUUUUAUAAUUAUAAACCCUUACAUAUAUAUAUAUAUAUAAUUAUAUUGUAAUUAUGUAGUUUAUAAUUAUAAUAAUAUAGUUUAAAUAAAACUCUAGUUUUACCUUUAAACAUUCUCCAGUUAUUUUAUUCAAAAUUGUCUUUUCAUAUUUUUAUUUAACGUUUAUUUUAACUUUUCUUGUUUCCUUUUAACUUUUUACUCAGUAUUCAAUUUUCAUAUUUUUCCAAUAUAUUUAAAUAAUAUCUUAAGUUAUUUUAUAUUAUUUAUAUAUUAUUUUAAAAUAAUAUUUUGUCAUAUUUCAAACACCAGUUUUAUUUAACACUUUUUCAUAUUUAUUUUGUUUUUAUUUUCAUAAACACAAGCUUUUCAUAUUUUUUUUUUAACUGUCAUAUUUUAACUUUUUAUUUAAUACUUUUUAUAUUUUUAACUUUUUUAUUUUACACACUUCAGGCAAAACGUUCCCAAUUAUUAUUUUUUUCUGAUCACUACUUUACUUUACUUUUUACACAUUAAGCAAGAAACAAAAAUAAUUAACUUUUUAUUUAUAUAUAUUUUUAAUUCACUUCCUCUCUGAUUUCAUUCCAUCUACAAACUUUUCAGUGCAAAAGUUUGUCAACCUUUUGAAUAGAAAAAAUUAAAAUGUUUCUCAGCUUGAAAGUUAUUUUUGUCAAUAGUUUGUAUUGUAAAAAAGUAGUUUAACGUAAAAAAAAAAAUACGAGAUUAUUUUUUAUUGUUGAGUAACUUCAUCAGAAAUCCUUUAUCAGUAAUUUUUCAGCAGCAAACAAGCUGCAAAACCAAAACGCUGAUCAGACGAAGGAAUGAGGUUUUAACGUCGUUAUUGUGACCGUUCCGUUAUUUAUAAUUUAUAUCAUUUAUUUUAUUUAAUUAGAUAAAUUGUCCUGUUGCCAUUCACACCAGCGUGAGCGGAAAAAAUAACCAGAACCUCGUGAGUGCCAUCCCGAUCCUCCUCCAGCUUUAUUGAUAGUUUAAAAUUACAUUUUCUAUGUUUAUAGGACUUCAGUUGCAUCUUUUCCUUCUGACUUAAAAACAGAGUACAAGCAAAAUGAUUUUUUUUUUUUUUUACAGUAGUCCAAGUGAUAUUGUACAAAAAUAAUAUUUGAUUUCUGUGAAAACAUUCUCCUUUUGCAAAUUAGUGAUAAAUCCACAAGCUUAUUGGUCUUGAUAAUUUAAGAUAGAAAUGAGUAAAAUUAUUUUUUUGGAAUCUUUAGGCAUUUAUGAGCAAUGUCCCCAAAAAAAAAAAAAAGAAAAGAAAA